AUGUCUCGAGGGUUGCUUCUGAUACGCUCUUCCCCGGCCCUCGGCACCGGUUCCUAUGGUACUGUUCCGUUGGUGAACGACAGGCUGGGGGACUCGGACGUGGAAUCCGACGAGGAGGAGGACUCGCACCACCGAAAGGUCUCGAGAAAGCGCCGUGGGAAAAGGGUUCAGUCCGCUCAUGAUCUCCAGGAUGAUCAUGGUCACUUCUCAGAUGCCCGGCUACUCUACCAACAGCGACGCAGCUCAGAAUGGGCGCAUCGGAGGUCGUCCUCUGUGGCCAGUGAAGUCGGGAUGGGCUUGGAUGCCAAAGCAUCCUUCGCCUGCAACUCUGCGUUUGCUGAGGAUAAGGCAGAGUCUUCCGACUCGAGUGCGCAUACUGCAAGUCCACCAGACACCGGGCAAGAAUACAUUCCCUCCGCAGAAGAUCCGCCCGACAAUUCCCCAUACCCAGAGGUUCGAGCUUCGGUGCCCGCCACUGACAACACUGCCUUGUCUAUAAACACCCCCAGAAUGUGGGCACUGUCAUUGCUAUUUGCAAUAGGUGGCUCCGCCACCAAUCUUUUUUUCUCAUUGAGGUACCCGAGUGUCGCCAUCACUCCUGUUAUUGCUCUGGUGCUAGUUCAUCCCAUGGGAAAGCUUUGGGAUUACCUUCUCAAGCGAACAGACGACCAGCAACAGUUCUUUGUAAAUGGCUCACUCCAGAACGAUGACAUUGCAAUGGCCCAGACGCGCCUGCAACGAUUGCGGUUAUGGUUGGCGCAGGGCCACUGGAAUGAAAAGGAACACGCCUGCGUGUACAUUAGCAGCAAUGUCUCUUUCGGAUUUGCCUUUGCUACCGAUGUCAUUGUUGAGCAGCACAAAUUCUAUAAACAGGAUGUUCCUAUCCUGUACCAACUCCUCUUAACCAUCUCAACUCAAAUUCUUGGGUAUGCGUUCGCUGGCCUGACCAGAAGGUACCUUGUCCGGCCGGCAGCAAUGAUCUGGCCAGGUACUCUUAUGUCGACAGCCAUGUUCACUACAAUGCACAAGGAUGAAAACAAGCCAGCCAAUGGAUGGACGAUUUCACGGUACAGAUUCUUCAUUUACGUCUGGGCUGCAGCGUUUGUGUGGUAUUUCUUUCCAGGACUGCUGAUGCCAGCACUGAGUUACUUCAACGUCGUUACCUGGUUCGCACCCAAGAAUGUGGUCGUCUCAAACCUUUUUGGGGUGGCUUCGGGACUGGGGCUCUUCCCGAUGACCUUCGAUUGGGCUCAAAUUGCCUACAUCGGAUCGCCGUUGCUGACCCCUUGGUGGGCUGCUGCGAAUGUUGUGGGCGGACUCGUUCUAGUCAUGUGGAUUAUCGCUCCCAUACUCUACUACCGCAAUGUCCUGUUCUCGGGAUAUUUGCCGAUACUCUCCUCGGCCGUAUUCGACAACACGGGCAAGCCCUACGAUGUGGGCAAAAUCCUCACUCCCAACUUCCUCUUUGACAAAGAAGCCUAUGACAACUACUCCAAAGUAUACCUUCCCAUCACAUAUGUGCUCUCCUAUGGAGUUCAGUUCGCUGCUCUGUCGGCCUUACUUACUCAUACAACCUGCUGGCAUGGUCGAGAUAUAUUGCGACAAUCCCAACAGGCCUUUCACGACAGACAGGAAAAGAGCAGUGCCGGGUACCAGCCAAUUCCAGACGCGGCCGAGAACGGCAACUACGAAACCCCUCUGCGCAGGGUUGACAGUCAAUCUAUCAAGGCUGGAGGUGAAGAUGUCCACAACCGUCUCAUGAAACGUUAUCAAGAUGUUCCCAUGACAUGGUAUGCUCUGACAUUUGUCAGCAUGUUGGGCGUCGGCAUCUUCGUAGUCGAGUACUAUCCGGUCCAUCUCCCCUGGUAUGGCCUUCUUAUGGCUCUUGGCAUCACCACCGUCCUCUUUAUCCCCGUCGGUAUUGUCAUGGCCAUUACCAACCAGCACAGUAGCCUCUACUUGAUUUGCCAGUUGAUCUGUGGCGUGGUCUUUCCUGGCCGCCCGGUCGCCAACAUGGUUUUCGUGACCUAUUGCUACAUCUCUUCUGCACAAGGUAUCAAGUUCUCCUCGGAUCUGAAACUGGGCCACUAUAUGAAGAUUCCACCAAAACUGCUUUUUAAAGUCCAGAUGGUGGCCACUUUGGUUUCGAGCUUGGUACAAAUUACGGUGCUCAACUGGAUGUUCAUCAACAUCCCUAGCAUCUGCACGCCGCAAGCAAUCAACGGGUUCAACUGCCCCAUCGCCCGUGUCCACUUCAACGGCAGCAUACUUUGGGGCGUUGUCGGACCACAGCGCUUCUUCGGCCCUGGUGCACUCUACCGACACCUUGUCUGGGCUUUCCUCAUCGGCUUCAUCGCACCAAUACUCGUUUGGCUCGUAGGAAGGAAGAGCGCGAAGAAAUCCGUCUGGCGCAGGAUCAAUCUCCCUGUCCUUUUCGGCUCCCUUUCCUGGAUCCCGCCCGCAACCGGGUUGAAUUUUUCGGUGUGGGCCGUGGUAUGUUUUCUGUUCAACGGACUCGUGAGGAGGAGGGCUCCGAGUUGGUGGGGGAAGUACACCAUGACCAUGUCCGCCGCACUCGACUCCGGGUUGGCUUUCUCGUUGCUGAUUGUCUUUUUUGGCUUCGUGUAUCCCGGUUGGAUGGAAGGGUUCAAGUGGUGGGGAACAGAGGUCUACAAGAUGGGCUGCGACUGGCAAGCGUGCCCGUGGUUGAAGCUGAAGCCUGGAGAGAAGUUCGGGCCUUGA